AUGCGUUUCUCUAUCGCCACUGCUAUUGCGCUCUCCUCCGCCGCGGGCACUCUAGCCAAGACUGUUUCCAUCAACGUUGGAGUCGGCGGGCUAAACUUUGACCCUACGAACGCUACGGACGUUCAGAAGGACGAUGUCCUUCAGUUCAAUUUUGUCUCCAACAAUCACUCCGUUGUGCAAUCAACUUUCACAGACCCAUGUACUCAGAAAGAGAACGGAAUCAAUUCUGGGUUCCAGAACAUCGAGGAUCCCAAUAAGCCUUUCGUGUGGAAUGUGACUGUGAAUGAUACCACACCGUUGUGGUUCUUCUGCAGCCAGACCAUCCCUAAGAGCCACUGUACAAAUGGAAUGGUACUUGCGAUCAACCCCACGGUAGAUUCAACAUUCGUUACGUUCAAGAACAAAGCCACCAAUGGCUCCACCUCCACCAGCGGCACGGGUACAAGUGGCGCUCCAAGUCCUAACAACACUUCAGGGGGCGGUUCAGGCAACGGUGCCUUCAGUCAUUCCGCUGGCAUGAAUGCGUUCAGCCUUCUCUCUGUGGUUGGAAUCGCCUUUGGGCUGAUGUUGUAA